AUGCCUGCUCAAUCAAGUCUUGAAGGAGUCAUUGCAGCCAAGGAAAAUGCUAAAAAUAAUUCUAAUGAUUCACAAAAAUCCAAUACGUUUUUGGGUCUUGAUUGGAAUAACCUCAAAAACAAUGAAAAUGGUGAUAAAGUUCAUUUUCCUAUGCCUGAAAAUGGUGCUACCCUUUUUAACACUAUGGGAAUAGCUAUACCAGGUAAUAAAACGCCCGAACCCAGAGAUCCCAUCCCAGUAAAUCAGGAGGUUCGCGAAUUGAUUAUUAAAAGCAAGUGCAAUUUUGGAAUGACUCUUCGAAAUUUUGAAAAUGGAAUAUUUGUUUCGCAUGUGAGGGCAGGCACCCCUGCCGCUAAAGUUGGACUUCGAUUUGGUGAUCAAAUCUUAAGAAUUGGUGAUAAGAAUGUUGCUGGAAUGAAGGGAAAGGAUGCUUAUGAAUAUGCGUUAAGUUUGAAAUUACGUGCAGUUUCAUUUAUAAUUCGUGACAGACCACUGGAACGCGUUGUUGAUCUGACGAGAAAUGAUCAGGGACAAGUGGGCAUGUUUAUUGUUAAAGGAGGAGUCGUCGAAAUUCUUAAUGAAAGCAGUGCAGAAAAUAAUGGAGUCAUCAAAAGAAGUCAAAUUUGUGAAAUUAAUGGAAUAAACGUCAUUGGCUUUCCUGAUGAAAAAAUUGCUGAAGUGAUCAAGGCUGCUGAAAAUGACUUAAUUCGAGUCACGAUCAUUCCUCAAGAUUUCUACCGGCAUCUCACAAAGCGAUUGACAAAAGAUGUGCUGACAACUUUUAAUCGACUGGCUCCGGUACCUCUAGAUCCAUAA